GGCUCUGGGCUCGCCGCGCGCGCCGGUGAGUCAGCCCGGGUUUUCCCUCCGCCUCUGGUGCAGGAGAGCGAGCGCCACCGAGCGCGUCCCUCCCUCGCCAAUCCGGCUCCGGCUCCCGCCCGCCCGCUUUUUCCCGGCGCCUGCCGCCCCGCCGCUCCGGCCGGGCUCGCAGUCACCGCUGGAGCCAGCGGCUCGGAGGGAGCGCGCGAGGGGUGCACAGCGGCGGCCGGGCGGGCGAGCGCGGCGCCAGCAUGCAGCUGCCUGUGCCCUGUUGAAAUUUCAUGGCCACAGCACCAAGCCCUGCUGGCAUUGCCAUGGGCAGCGUGAGCAGCCUGUUGGAACGGCAAGACUUCUCCCCCGAAGAGCUCCAGGAGGCCUUCGCCGGGUCCCGGGGCUCCCGCCAGCCUGAUGGGCUCCUCCGGAAGGGCUUGGGCCAGCGCGAGCUGCUCAGCUACCUGCACCUCCCCAAGAAGGACGGGAAGACUGCCAAGCGGGCACCCCGGAACGAGCCUGCCGACUACGCCACCCUGUACUAUAACACCGCGACCACCCCGCGGGCUGGUGACUUCAGCAAGACCUCACUGCCCGAGCGGGGCCGCUUCGACAAGUGCCGCAUCCGCCCCUCGGUGUUCAAGCCUGCGGCGGGCGCCGGGAAAGGCUUCCUGUCCAUGCAGAGCCUGGCAGCCCACAAGGGCCAGAAGCUGUGGCGGAGCAACGGCAGCCUGCACACUCUGGCCUGCCACCCGCCCCUGAGCCCGGGGCCCUGCACGAGCCAGGCCCAGGCGCGGGCCCAGCUGCUGCAUGCUCUCAGCCUGGACGAGGGCGGCCCUGAGCCCGAGCCCAGCCUGUCCGACUCCUCCAGCGGAGGCAGUUUCAGCCGCAGCAGUGGCCCCGGCCCCUUCAGCUCGUCCCUGAGCCACCUGAACCACCUCGGGGGCUCCCUGGACCGGGCCUCGCGGAGCCCCAAGGAGGCCGGGCCGCUGGCUAUGCUGAGCUGCCUGCCCGAGCCGCCUCCGCCCUACGAGUUCUCCUGCCCCACCGCUGAGGAGGUGGUGGCCGUCCUGCCAGAGACCUGCGAGGAGCUCAAGAGGGACCUUGGCGACGAGGAUGGCUCCCACCCCUUCACACAGGUGCUGGAGGAGCGGCAGCGGCUGUGGCUAUCCGAGCUGAAGCGCUUGUAUGUGGAGCGGCUGCACGAGGUGGCCCAGAGGGCCGAGCGGAGUGAGCGCAACCUUCAGCUGCAGUUGUUCAUAGCCCAGCAGGAGCAGUGGCGGCUGCGCAAGGAGCUGCGGGCUCAGCAGGGCCUGGGCCCCGAACCUCGGACCCCGGGCACCCUCCCAGAUGCCGACCCCAGCACCCGCCCGGAGGAGGAGGCCCGAUGGGAGGUGUGCCAGAAGACAGCGGAGAUUAGCCUCCUGAAACAGCAGCUGCGAGAGGCCCAGGCGGAGCUGGCCCAGAAGCUGGCUGAGAUCUUCAGCCUGAAGAUGCAACUUCGGGGCAGCCGGGCGCAAGCUCAGGCCCAGGACGCGGAGCUGGCCCGGCUGCGGGAGGCUGUGCAGAGCCUGCAGGAGCAGGCCCCGCGGGAGGAAGCCCUGGGCAGCUGUGAGACCGAUGACUGCAAGAGCCGAGGCCUGCUGGGGGAGGCGGGAGGCAGUGAGGCCGGGGAGGGCAGUGAGGCCGGGGAGGGCACUGAGCAGCUGCACGCGGAGCUGCUGCAGGAGCGGCUGCGAGGCCAGGAGCAGGCCCUACGCUUCGAGCAGGAACGGCGGACGUGGCAGGAGGAGAAGGAGCGGGUGCUGCGCUACCAGCGGGAGAUCCAGGGGGGCUAUAUGGACAUGUACCGCCGCAACCAGGCACUGGAACAGGAGCUGCGGGCCCUGCGGGAGCCCCCCACACCAUGGAGUCCUCGGCUCGAGUCCUCCAAGAUCUGAGACCGGCCGGUUGAGCGAGCUGUUGACAGGAGUACUGUCAGAGGAUGGCACACUGAAACAGCUGGCUCUUCUCCAUCAUGGGUCCGGGGCAGAAUCUGCUGCGGCCAGCCCGGGGGACGGGGAGGCCUGCAGAGAGAUGGGAUCCAGCAGGGCCGUGGGUUGGAGAAGGAGCCAGGUAAGGCACUCCUGGCGGAGGAGCACUGGGCCCCGCCCUGCUCCCUGGAGUGGCCCAGGGAAGGAGGCUGAGCUACAAAGAGCCCUGAGAUGCAGGGGGGCAGGCCUGAGGGCUUGAGGCUGGAGACCUGGGCUGAGACCUCCCAGGGAGGAGGCUGGGAGGGGAACGCUGGUUUCCUCCAGAAUAAAACCGAGUUUUCUGUGUGACCCGUUGAGCCUGCCCCAGCCUG